UUAUAAUUAAAACAGAAUCUUACGCAGAAAAUAUAGUUCACAACGAUUUAUAAUUCAAACGAAGUUUUACACGAAUAAGUUUCCGAAAAGAUUUGCGCAAAAUGGCGAUAUUGACUAACUGCAUUCUUUUAGACACGCUUUUGAUGUUUUUCUCAUUUUUCGCGAUGCUUUUCCUGUGGCUAAAGUGGAAACACACUUACUGGCAAAGACGUGGCGUACGCACGUUACCCGCACAUUGGUUCUUCGGUCACAUUAAGGAUGCAAUACUUAUGCGCAAAUCAAUAGGGGUAAUUCUUGGUGAACUGCAUCGGCAAGCUGCGGAUGAAGAUGACGUAAUCGGAAUUUACAUCUUACACAAACCGUUCUUACUUGUGAGGAAUCCGGAAGUGAUCAAGCAAAUUAUGAUCAAGGACUUUCACGUAUUUCCAAAUCAUUAUUUCGAUGGUAAAAGCAAAUCCGACGUACUCACUAAUUGGAUUCUCUUUACUAUCAAGAAUCCUGAAUGGAAGCAUUUACGGACAAAAAUGUCACCAGUGUUUACAAGUGGCAAAUUAAAGAGUCUCUUCUUGCUUAUGCAAGAAUCCGGAGAGAUGAUGAGGGAGUACCUGUGUGGUGAGUUCACGGACUCCAACAUCGUAUCGAUACCUAUCAAGGAUAUAUUCGAUAAAUAUACCACCAUUGUGAUAGCUUCCCUGGCAUUUGGAAUUCGUGCAAAUUGUUUCGAUAUACCGCCACCGGAAUUUUUCGUAAACUCACAUAAAGCAUCCCAACGGACUCUUUUGAGGAACUUGCGAUUCUUUUUUAUGUUCUUCUUACCAGAAAUUGGAAAAUAUGUGGGUGCUCAAUUACUCGGUGAUUACACGGAUUACUUCCGCAAAGUGUUUUGGGACUCUAUGGACAAUAGAAGCAUCACGAAGACGAAACGAGGAGAUCUGAUCGAUUCUCUUUUACAAUUGAAAAAUGAAAAUGCAGAUGAUUCUCAUUUCCGAUUUGAAGGGGAUAUCCUUCUUGCUCAAGCGGCAGUCUUCUUUGUGGCCGGUCGUGAGACUAGUAUUACCACUAUGACUUAUGCCCUCUGUGAGUUGGCCAAAUAUCCGGAAAUGCAAAGACGCGCGAGAGAGGAGAUCCUGGAGAAGAUUCAGACCGCGAAUGGCAUCACAUAUGAAGCGGUUAAUAACAUGAAAUAUUUACAUCAAGUGAUAAACGAAACGUUAAGAUUCUAUCCGAUUGUGCCAAUUCUGGAUAGAGCUCCCAUAGAAGAUUACACGUUACCUAAUACAAACAUAACUAUUGAGAAAGGGACGCCGAUAUAUGUCGCAUUAUACGGUAUUCAGAGAGACCCCAGAUUCUAUGAGGAUCCUAAGCGUUUCGAUCCUGAACGGUUCAGCGACGAGAGAAAAAACGAGAUUGUACCUUGCACCUUCCUGCCCUUCGGCGAAGGUCCUCGAAAUUGUAUAGGUAUGCGAUUGGGAAUUUUGCAAACCGCCAUAGGAUUGAUAGCGAUUCUACGUGAUUAUGAGGUUUCAUUGAAUCCUUCGUGGAUGUCCGUCACGGAUACGCGAAGAGUGUUCACUUCGUCACCUGCAGGAUUUUUGCUGGAUUUAAAGAAGAUAUAAGAUAUAUAUCAUAUAAACAUUAGCCAUAUAUAUUUUAAUUCUAUCAUUUGAUAUUUUAUUCUAUAUAAUUUGUGUUUCUCUCCAGUGUGAAUCUUAUUUAGAAAAUUUCUUUUUAUUGAAAGAAAGAUCAUUGGAAACAUUUUGAUCAAAGAAUAUGCAAGAGACAAAAAUGAUCGGUUCUCUUUAUUUCAGUUAUUUAGCAUUGUGAUAUCAAAUAUACGCUGUUGUUGAAUUCACUAUGUACAUUAUAUUAUAAUCUAUAUAUAUUUUGGUACCUAUAUAUAUUUUACGAUUAAUAUUGUCUCGCUU